UUCAUUUAUAAUUAUCGGAAACUCUUCAUAUAAAGAGUCAUGUUUAGUACUGCCACGUCAAAUUGAACAGAUUAUAAAAUAUUUAUCGUGAUUUAAUCAGAGUUUUAACAUUUUUUGCAUCAUUUACAGACAAUAUGGUUUCGGUUAUGAAUUCAAUAGAUACUGCUCAUGAGGACAUGAUUCAUGAUGCACAGUUAGAUUACUAUGGAACAAAAUUAGCAACAUGUUCAUCAGAUCGUUCCAUAAAGGUGUUUGAUGUAAAAGGUGGACAGCAGAGGCUUAUAACAGAUCUUAGAGGGCAUGAGGGACCUGUAUGGCAACUUGCAUGGGCACAUCCAAUGUAUGGAAACCUCAUAGCUUCAUGUGGUUAUGACAGAAAAGUAAUUAUCUGGAAAGAAACAAACAGCACAUGGGGAAAAUUAUAUGAAUAUUCCAACCAUGAUUCUUCAGUAAAUUCAGUAUGUUUUGCACCACAUGAACUAGGACUGGUUUUAGCAUGUGGAAGUUCAGAUGGGUCAGUCUCAGUAUUGUCAAGUACAGGAGAUGGAAGUUGGGAUGCCAAAAAAAUCAAGAACGCACACACAAUUGGCUGUAAUGCAGUAAGCUGGGCGCCAGCAUUGUCACCAAAUGCCUUGUUUGAACAGACAGGUCGACCAUCUUUAGUGAAGAAACUUGUGUCUGGAGGGUGUGAUAAUCUGGUCAAAAUUUGGAGAGAGGAAGAUGGUGAAUGGAUUGAGGAACAGAAAUUAGAGGGUCACAGUGACUGGGUAAGAGAUGUAGCCUGGGCACCAUCCAUAGGUCUACCUAAAAGCAUCAUAGCUAGUUGCUCACAGGAUUGUAGAGUUCUCAUCUGGACAAAUGAUGGCACAAGCAAUAACUGGUCAUCGUCAGUGUUAAAUAAAUUUAAAGAUGUAGUCUGGCAUCUCAGCUGGUCAAUUACAGGAAAUAUCUUAGCAGUGUCAGGAGGCGAUAACAAGGUAAGCUUAUGGAAGGAAACAUUAGAAGGACAAUGGACGUGUAUCAGCGAUGUUAAGAAAGGUCAAGGUCAGGUCACAGAAAGCCAAUCACAAGUCAGCAGGAAUUUAUGAUCUUAAUUAGGUGCAUGUGAACUGACAUUUAGUAAAUAUGAACUUGAUGAAAGGAAAACUUGUGGUCAGCAUGAAAUAUUGAUAAAUAGGAAGAUAAAGUUAUAUUCAAUUAAUUGUUCUUUACAAAUGAAGGAUGAACAUGCUAUAUUCAAUUAAUUAAUUGUUUAUAAAUGAAGAACUACAAUGAUACAUCCAGUUAAUGAAAAGUUCUUUAUAAGUGAAGAAAGAAGAACAUGUUAUAUUCAUUUAAUUGUUAAAUUGUUCUUUAUAAAUGAAGAACAAACAUGUUUUAUUCAAUUCAUCAACAGUUCUUUAUGGCUGAAGAACCAAACUUGCUAUAUUCAAUUAAUUUAUUGUUCUUUAUAAGUGGUGAGAAAAACAUGUUUUAUUCAUUUGAUUAAAAGUUUCUUAUAAAUGAAGAAUAAAUUUGUUAUAUUCAAUAGAUCAACGAAGAACGCCCUUGUUAUAAUAUUCAAUUAAUAAGUAGGUCACUCAGAUGUUAAGUGCUGGAAGACCGAUAAUUAUUGUGCUUGUUUUUUAUGGGAAGAUUACAAUGAGAAUUUUGUUACAGACAGAAUGUUUAUAGAGAUUUUAAUAAUGAAAAUUGUUUUGAAAUUUAUGUAAAACAAACAUGUUUUAUGUAUGUCUGAUUGAAUUUUAUGGUAAGGUUAAUCGUUUUCAAUUUUUGUGCAAAAAGCUGACCUGUAACUGUUUAAUAUUGUAAAAAUAUACAUCUUUACAUUAUUUUCAAAAGUAAAAUUCUACAUGAAACUGAGUCUUUCGUAG